AUUUGUUCCGAAACAAGCUUGGGCUGGCCAAGAUGCAGCCUCCACUUCCAUGUCCAACCGUCACAUGGCACAACGACACCUACCCUUCUAUUUCUCCUUCGCGCCCAGAGCAGAAUGUCAACGGCAAAACUAUCGUAGUUGUUGGAGCAGGGAGUGGGAUUGGGGGAGAGACCGCUCUCACGUUCGCAACCGCCGGAACAGCUCGAAUAGCUCUUCUAGGUCGCACUGAAACCUCCCUGCAGGAAACUGCCUCACUUGUACCGCGCUCUUCGGUCCACGUCGCCGACUUAACAAAUGCGAAAAGUUUAAUAGAUGCCGCUGCCGCGGUAGGGAAGUGGCACUUACUUAUCCUGUCUUCAGGCUAUUGUCCUGACCGAGCUCCUGUUGUUCUAUCCGAAGUUGAAGAUUGGUGGAAGGGAUUCGAAACAAACGUUAAAGGGACAUUGCUAGCGGCUAAGACUUUUAUCCCAACAGCAGAUGCUGAUGCGACUGUCAUUGGCGUGGCCUCAGACACCUCACUUGUAUCGGCCGACCAUACACCUGGUCUAUCAGGUUACGCCUCUUCAAAGCUUGCCCAAGUCAAAAUUUACGAAUUUUUGGCGGCCGAGAAUCCGAAUCUCUUCGUUGCUACUGUCAAUCCUGGCAUGGUUGAAACUGAUAACUUUCACAGAGCUGGUGGCAGAUCUGACAAAUUGCCCAUGAAUAAAGGUGGAUUUUUACGUAUUAUUAGUCUAGGCGCCGCACGGUGUGCUAACGUACAUUAUACAACUUCAGUUCAGUUCAACUACCUGCACACUUUGUGGUGUGGAUGGCCAGCCCUGAAGCUAAAUUCCUACGAGCUCGCUCAGUUUGGGCAAAUUGGGAUGUCGGUGAACUUAAGGCCCAAGUAGAGAAGAUUCAAGAGGGAUUAUUCCUGACCGUUGGUUUUAAGGGCUUGCCAUAGAUUUAUCCUACUAGCUCAGCGAGAGAUCAACUAAUGCUUGCGAUUAGGGUAAAGAUAUAUGGAAGUACGAGAUGAAGAUGGAUUAAUUUAAGGCUGACAUAUUUGCCGGAUAUCAUUUCAUAAGGUUGGCGUUGGAUCUUAUAUUAGCGCUUCUAUCGCAAGCUGUCUACGGUUUGGUCGCCCCCUUGCAGAGCCUGGCCUCUGGCUAAUCCAGUUUCCCUGAUAACUCCGGGACGGAAUUUUUUAUUCGUGUUUCUAUUCUUUUCUUUCGGGUCAGUACCAAUAAUCAUACCGUAUACUUGAAGUACUUCAUCUUACAAAGGUAACUACCUCAAUCGGUAUACCAAUUGGAUAGCUUUCAGAUGAAAUGUGACGUACCGG